AUGACAACAUUUAAUAUAAUUCAUUUUCAGAUUCGAAACGGUAUCUGGACUGGGAAUGUCAGCCUAUCAACCUGUGAACCCUAUACCUCAACCAACUCUACCUUACAACUGGUGGCUACAGUAACCGACAGUAACCAAGAGUCCGAGACAGUAGCAAUUGAAUAUGAUCCUAAAGGUGCAGAGUUGGAGAUCAUAACAUCUCGACCGGUCAUAACUGAAGAUGUAAAGGAAGCUCACUUUUAUGUAGGUUUACUUUACUCUACGUUACUAGGAAUUUACUACGUUAUUUGAGAUAGCAUAGAUUGUCUUUAAUAUGAUAGGCUGAAGGUAAGAUUAAAAUACCAUUAUACGCUGCUAUAAUGUCUUAUACCCCCGCUUUAUGUACUAUAACAUGGUAAAACAAGUUAUACUUAAAAUCAUAUAUGAUAAGAUGACAUAAAAGUACAUAUAAGUCAGACUAUGUUGUUAAAUAUCUAACAAGAUAGCCAGUACAAACAUAGUGUGUCGUCUACAAUAUCGUGCAAAUUUUAAUUAAAAUGCCUGAGGGGGAAGAGUCCGGAAUUAGUCAUUUUGACUCAAUCAUAACAACAUACGAUGAUUCGGCUAUAUUUACAUUUCCACAAAUAUACGGAGGGUUUGGCAGCAGUAAGUUUUUACAUGUAGGUGUAGUAAAAAAUGUUUUACCCCCUUGCAACUCUGCACCCCUUAGUGCCCCCAUCACCUUGUACCUAUACAAGUUUAUAUAUACACGUGCAUACCAUCGUAUGUCCAUGGUAUGUCCUUAAAUUUGCAUAAAUUAAGCGAUGAUUACUAUAGUAACACGAUUCAUUUACCGAGUACUCUUUGGCGCGGAAGUGAGUGUAAAUGUACUUGGAAAGCGGAGAAAACACGUAAUUUGUUAGAGACAGUCGGCUGUCCGCAAGAUCACGAACCCUCAGGUGAAAUCCGAUACUGACAUAUGCACACCAUACGAACACUUCUCGAUACAGUGUUUCUGCUUCUUGUAUUUUUAGUGCUAAAGUCCGGAAGCUAUAUCAAUAGGGAGGUUAAGACAACAUUAGUAGAAAUGUCAUUAUAAGGUAAUGUACUAAUAGCUACUAUAGUAAAAUAAGAUGCCAAAAGUCACAAGUAUAGCAAACUAUGGUAAUAUGAUACAAGUAAUCCUUAUCAAUAGUAUUCUAUAAUAAUACCAUGGUAUUUUGUGAUACCUACAGUUAUUAUCAAUUGUACCUUCUAACAUCAAUAGUUACUGUCAAUGUUAUCUUGUAACAUGAAUAGUUACUAUCAAUUUUAUCUUGUAACAUCAAUAGUUACUGUCAAUGAAACGUUGUGAUAUCAAUAGUUACCACCCUUUGUAAAUUAAGAUACAAAGCAGUUACCAUGCAUUCAUAAUAUUAUUGCUAGAAGACAUACGAUCCUGUACCGAGUAUGUGUUUAUUGUUAUUUAAUCGGCUUAGGAUUUUUACUAUAGUAAAAUAUGGUAUGUUGAUACGUCUAAAUACAUAUCCAAGUCAUCUACGGUGUAAGAGUUGAAAAGUUAUUAUAGUAGAUAUCAAGUCUAAAAGAACAUAAUACUGUUUAUAGUACCAACGUAUUACUUUACUGUAGUAAAACCUAAGAUAAGGUAAAGCAAAAAGAAAUAUGUACCUCUAAAACAUAGUAAGAUACCUAGACACCGUAUAAUCAUUUACUACACCGACUUACAUGACUUAUAGUUAAGUGACAAAAACCGGUUUACCGAGUAACUCCUUCUUAGUAAAAGCGAUAAUAACAUGCCAUUACAAUAAUUAAUGGUGAGUUACAUUAUAAAAGCGCCUUUUACAUUUUCUGGCCAAACAUGUUGUGCAAGAUGUCACAACAACAAAAGUUAUUUACUGGAGCCAAGUAGUAAACAUAGAUAACUCGAUAUAAACACGGUAGACCAGGAACAUACAAAAGAGUAAACAUGGUAAACCACUAGGUAAUAGACACAGUAAACGGGUAAGAUACGAUUGCUAAAUAUAGUAAAUGAGUCAGAUAUAGGUUGAAUAUAUGCAUAGCAGGUAACAAAGAUACGAUAAAUUACCACAGUUUUGUACCAACGAUGUCACCAUAUAUGUAUUUUCAUAUUUCAUUUUACCACAGUAAACCCCUAAAGUGCAAUUCCUUACUACAGUAACUGCCGUGAUAUUAUCUUUGAAAUAACAAAUGCCCAAGAUACUAUCAGUAAACAUUUCAAACAGCCAAGAUACGAACAGGGACAUGCUAAACGAUACAAAUAUAAUUGGGUAGACCACCCACCGUUCCCCGGCGUUCCAAACCUUCCCAUGCCCCUAGGGGAUCGUUCGGUCUGCCAGCGCCUCACGGCAUGAUCAUAUCUUUUAAACUCUCGACCUUUGCACCCUAAUUGAAUCAUGUUAGACUAUAUAUGGCAGUACUAAUAUGGAAAGUAAUAAAUUUGAAAUUAGUUUUUAAUUUUUAACUUUAUGUUAUAGUGUCUAGCAUAACUCGUGUUAAUACUGAAAUCGUAUAAAGUGCUGCCAUUAAGCAGAGUCAUAAGCUUGAAGACGUAUUAAAAAGAUUUGAAAAACUAGAAAUACAUCUACACACUACAAAGUCGACGUUACAUGUACUUUCUGCACUUUUACAGACUAAACACAAGCUUAAUACGUACUUUUACAGCUUAAAAAUGAAAUAAAAACUUUAAAAUUUGUAAAAAUAACCCUAAAGCUAUGGCCAGCAGACAAGUAACGAGGGUAAUAUUCCUAGAGUAAAACAAAACAGAAAAUGCCACUUGGCAUAAUAUGCAAUGUCACUUCCAAAAAUGACUUUUUAAUGUUAUAUAUACAUCAAGAAAAUAACUUUUUGUUUACCUCCCUCCCCCUCUACAGAAAAUAUCUAAAAAAUUUAAAUAAACAUUUGAAAAUAUUAAAAUAAAUACUAAGUCCCGGCCCAAUUUAAACCUGUCCAAUGAGGCUGGUUUUUUUUCAUCUAUGUUAAUAUAAAAAAAUAAAAAAAACGUUGUCAGUAUAAAAAGUACAAAAAGUAUAGUAAAACGUUCUUCCAGCAGCAUUAUUUUUUCCAGUUUUUAACUAAAUUAACUUCCGUAGCCUAAAGCAAUUUCUUUUUAAAACCAUUCAAAUCCGAAGAUUCAAAAUAACCGAAAAACAGGACUAACAAGCAAUGAUAAGUGCUCCUUCUGCGCAAAGUUCUAUCAAAUUUCAAAUUGGCUUUUGGAAUAAAAUUAUUUUUAAAAUCCAUGUUUAAGCAAAAUUUAAAAACUGGAAAAAAUUAUACUUUGAAUUUGACCUGAUAGUACAAAUCUCAACAAAAGUUCCAUUUUUGAUUAAUGGAACGACAUCUAUCAUUAACUUAACUAGUGCUGUUUGUUACGGCGUAAUUAGGCGGGCGGGGAGAUUAAGCUAAUAAAUGUAAACAAACAGUCCAACUAUAAUCUAUAGCACAAGGUAAAUUUAUAGCGGAAAGUAGUAAAUGGCAGAGGUUUUAGGUAAAAUACGUGUUCCGUAUAAUAUUUGUAAGAUAGUACAGCGAUAUUUUUACUUUACACACAAUCCCACCUAUUAUACACCCAAUUUUCUUUAAAACUAACAAACGUAAAAGUAGAAUUUCAUAACUAUAAAGUCCGCACAUUGCCUACAACAAACAAGACUACCGUGCCAAAGUAUUGUAGCCGCGACAUGCACCCCAAUUAUAUCCAAGUAAAGAUUAAGUAUGAAAAUUGUAAAAGUAGGACGCCCGAAAUGAAUAAUUAAACAGUAAUUGUAUAUUUAAGUUAAUUUUAGAUGAGGCUAGGGUAAUUAGAAUGUGUCAAUUUUGAUGUAACAUCACCAUGGUAUGUCGGGUUUCUACUUGGUGGGAGGUCUGCUGAAUUAACAAUAGGACUAAAUAAAGAAUUUAGCAGUUCAAAAGUUUCUAGAACUUUGCACAGUCAAAAUUUUACAUUUUUUAAACUUUUUCUUAAAUUUUAACUUUUUAAUUCAAUUUGGAAAAUUUUAGGCUUAAAAUAGUUAAGUAAUGAAUAAUAUCAUCACAAGCUGACUUAAUUACUGAAAUGUUCAAUAUUAUGCACCAAAAUAUGCGCAAAACAAAGCAAAAUUGUAAAAAAUAGCCUUAAAUAUCACCAUAUAUAGAACCAGACCCGCCAAAAAUGAAUUGGAAAAAACAACAAUACCCUUAUCAAUCCUUAAAAUCAGAAUCGACCCUCCACAGCGGUCGACAAUGGAAAUGACAUUAAUUAAGAUGACUUCAUCCAAUUCAAAAAUAAAAGCAAAAAAAGACAUUUACAGUAAUUCAAUAGGUCUUUGUGAACCCACACUGUAGCUUUUGAUACGUAAAUAAUUUCAAUAGGAGCAGCAAUUCUUACAGUAAGCACGAAAUUCUGAGCCUCACUAUAAUUUAAAUUCUAUUUCAUAUUUUUAUAAGUAUAUAACAUAAUAAUGAUCAUCUAAUUUCAGGUAAAAGUUCUAUCGCCCCUAUCACCAGAAGCAGAACUAGUCAUUGAAAGCUUAUGUGUAUCAGACAGUGUCGCAGUAAAUGGAAAAGUAGACCACCCCCGUUUCCAACAGCUUGAUGGAUACUACUCAUCGAAAAUCGAUGUGGACCCUCUUUGCAGCAUCAAUGUCAUUAAAGUAAGACUUGAUGUUCUAGAUAUUCAGAAAAAGUGCAAAAACCCUUACACUUUCAUAAGUUACAGACUUGCACGCAGUAAACCCAGUUAAAAAGACAAAUUUCAACCGCGUUUCGAUCAAUUACAGCUACGUAUACGUGUUUAGAUACGACACCUCCAAUUGGUUUUUGUUUUUUCCAAAAAUUUACAAUAUAAAAGCAAAAGAACAGGAGAUAACACUACUACUUAAUGGCUUUACAGAUUUCCAUAUUUCAUUUAUUAUACCACUUAAGCACAUUUCAAAACGCUCUUAGUAAUCCAUGGUGCGGUGAAAAACUCUGGCAAAAGUUCAACGUUAAAUUUUGGAAAUUUAAAAACGAUGAAAUUUGAAAAAUUAAUUUUAAAUUUUAAAAACCAGGCUUAAAACUUAUUUACUAUAACAUAAAAAAAGUUACUGUGGUAAAUAAUAAUACAGUUGUAUGCAACGUAUCAUCUAAUAUAGUAAAGCUUUUAGGCCUUUACCAAAACAAAUGGCAAAGUGGAUGCAAAUUCGGCAGAACUCCUCGCCUGGCCUAACCUCGGCCACAAUAACCAGCUACAAUUCAACUGGAUUACACCUCGGAAGCAGCACAAAUUCGUAUACCACGACAAAGAAAUCUUUCAAUUCAAAGUCCCCCACAUCAACGACCUUAACUACGCGGUAAGUACAACAAAAAUGUGACAUUCAAUUCAAUAACAUUUCAAAAAUUUCGGCUUUUGCAAAGCUAUUAUACCAUUAUAAGACAGAAGACUUCUAAUUUUACAUAAUAUUAUGACCUUUUUUAUUACCUAUGUACCUUUAAAAACUAUUUUAGAUCGUAUGUGAGAACCAAGUAAAAGACUAUGGUACUUUGAAUGGCGACAAAUUGGCCUUUGAAGUAACCGGUCCUAUCAGUGGUCUAUGUACAGUAUACGUCUAUUCAGCUAGUGCUACGAAUAAUAAGGUAGACAUGUGGACAUUCUACGCUGAUACACACGAAUGUCCUCAAGAUACGGUAAGCGAUAAACAAGCACACAAAUUUAAGUUCACUCUUACAAUUAAAAAAAUUUUUUUUUAAAUUCUUUACAAUUUGCUACCUUAAAAAAGCACUUUUUACCUCCCCGCCUUUACCCAAAACGUCCCCCACGCCCUCUAACCAACCCUCCUACCUCUAAAAACAAUAUUACAGUACUCAGUAGCCGUAUCACAAAGCAAUAUCCAAGUGGGAGAGAAUCUAAACGUCCAAAUGAAAGGAGAACCUCAAUCGCUAGCCUUACUACGACUUCUAGACGCUAGACUAGAAAGUUCCCUACAGAACAACCAUCACAACAAACGCCACAAGAUGUACUACUUUUCAGAAUUCCAUCGACCAGAAAGUUUCUCCUCACAAACAUCGUACCUUAACGGUUUCCUUAACGUGAGAACAUUGUUCGAGGAAGUCAAAACCCUGUGUCACACAGCAGCCAUGAAUGUAGUAACCUGUGAUGUUCAACAUCAUGUUGGCUACUCUGCCAUUUCUGACAGUUGUUUGGCCGGCAUCACUUAUCAAUGCAACAAACGAGGUGGAAUAGAACAAGCUCCUGUUAGAGAUGGUACUGAAGCAGCACAUCCAUCUGAAGCUCCACGAAUUCUACUCGCUGGACCUGGUUGGUGUAAGUACAACAUUUCGUUUGCGUCUACAUAUUGCAAAAUAUACAUCAUAUACAUAUAUGUUUAAUAGACCAUGUAAAUAUUUUGCGAAAAAAACGACGAAAAAUUUUAAAUUUCAUAGUUGACUAAUAUUGUCAAAAAUUUUAGAUCGCCCAGCAACUACAACAGAAAGGGUCUUGACAUUACAAUCGGCUCCAUCACAAGAUGAUCCCGGUACUAAACAAGAAGAACAACAAGACUCUAUACGAGACUUCUUCCCUGAAGUUUGGCUUUUCGAGGACUAUGUGAUGCCGUAAGUCAAUAAAAAGUAACCGUUUCCGUUUAAUCACGUAGCAAUUCAUAAAAUCUGGAAAAAAUACAGUUACUACGGCUAAACUAACUCUCAAAAAUAUUAUUGUAGAGAAAGUGGAGAAGCUUCCUUAAGCUUGGCCAGCCCUCAUUCGGUGACAAGGUUCGUUUUACAAUCUGGGUUUUGGACCCAAAAACGCUUUGAUAUGUGCACUACACCGACACACAACAUUCAAAUCGAACGGAAGAUAUACAUGAAUGUAGACAUACCACUACAUGUAUAUGAAAAUGAGACAAUCCAGGCGAGAAUCACAGUUAGUGGAGAUCAUACUGACAGUAGGCAGGUAAUAAGCAUAGUUUCAAAUAUGUUACAAUUUAAAAUAAUAAUUAAAAAUUUAAAGUUACAAUCAUUUGUAUAAAGAAGUUUCCGGAAGAGUAUUUUACCUUUUCUUCCAUAAUGUAAUUAUCAUAUACAUCCAUAUUUAGCUCUCAAUCUGCUUCGACUUCCUGUCCCCUAUCGUCUGUGGCGAUGUAGGCUCAAAUGGUAUCUUGGGAGAAGUAGAAUACAGUCAAAUCACGUUACAUCCAGGCCAAUCAGUAAUCAAGUCCAUUUUUGUCAAGUUCCUCAAGGUUGGAGAACACAAAUUGACGUUUAAAUUAGUCGAUAAUCCUACCUUUUCGGUUGGAAGAUGGCAUUGUCGCGAUGAUGAGUUACAUGUGCAUGAUCGUAUCCAAAUAAACGUAAAAGUUUCCCAUAGAGUUGAUCUUGACGAACACUUCAGAAAAGUCGUUCUUCAGAAGCCAAUCCAUCCAACGUUACAUCUAUUGGAUGCGGUUCCUCGACACAUGGUUGAUGUAAUACGUAAGUUAUGCUAUUUGUUGUUGAUUUACCAUAUAAGGUAACUUUUUUAAGUUAAUUUAAUGGUUUCUUUCAGAAUUCGAAAAAGAAUUCAUGGACAACGGAACAAUGCUAGCAGACGUCAAAGUACAGUCGAAUGAGAACAUCUUCAACUCGGAAAUUGAGCUUUCAGGUAACAAUAACAACAAUCUAACAGCAUUUCGUUCCUAAUAUCACCACUAAACUGAAAAACAAAUAUAUCUAAAAUAACAAACGCAAAAAUCCAAGUUCUUACCUUAACAGCAACCCAUUGAGUAGUAAAUUGCCAUUGUGUAUAUGACUUAUAAAAUCAAAAUCUAAAAAAUUAAUAAUCUUACCUUCAGAAUGGGAAUAUUCGAAUGUCCAUCCAAAACCAAAGAAGAAUAGGUUACGUUUGUUACGUCGUCAACGCCGUGAUAACAGUGUGUCGUAUGGGUUAAGUUCUGUCAUCAAAGAGUUGUCACAACUUACCUAUCAAAGGCCUCGAGGGAACAACGAAGAUGACGAUUACAACAAGGUCGUCGGAGAUUGUAAGUGUAUUUAACAUUUAAACAAUAUAAAAAUUAAAAAAACGCUUUUAGGUAACAAAUAAUAAGAAAAAAUAAAUAAACAGGAAAGAUAAUCAAUCACACAAUUUUAGUGCUAUCCGAGCUUCUCACUUACUCUGAUUGCACCUCUACCCUAAAUGGCCAAAUUUGUGGCUUUGGAGAAUAUGGAGCACCAGCUAGUCCACCACAACGCGACCCUUUACUCAGUAUUCUAGCCACAUCGUUACUGUGUGAACAAAACGCGGCAGACCAGUUUGUUUGUGGUCCAAUGGAAUAUUUUGCCGAUCUAGCCUCUAGCGACACUCAAAGAAAACCCGAGUCUUAUAUCAACACCAUGAGCUUUGUAAGUUCACUAUUUUGUUUUAUUUAAUACCAUUUAAUUUUAAAAUAAGUUUUUAGUAAAUUUUAUUUGAUAUUUGUCCUAAACUCUCAAACAAUGACCCUUAAAACCAGCAUUAAUAUUUUAGGUAACUAGUUUUCUUCUAAAACUGUAUAAUUUUUUUAGAAAAAUGAAAAAGACCGCAAGGACUUUCUGCUGGCCUUGAUCAGUUGGGUAGGCCGAGACUGCAAGAAGUACACCUGCGUUAACAACUCCAGUGCUUGGAAACACAUUUACAGUCUCAGAUUCGACGAAGUUGGUCAAACUUACCGAGAUUUGAGGUUGGAUGCAGCUUUGGCCAGGGUUGUUACCACUUCUACUUCCAUUAUCAAAAAGGACAGGCUGGUUCAGAAGGCUGAUCGUAAGUUUUUUUUGACAAAUUCGCGGAGAUUUGGCCCAAAAAAUCGAAAAAUCGCACUUUUUUCGAUUUGUUUUGCAGUUUGCAAAUAGUUGGGCGCAAGAGAACUAAAAUAUAAUAAUAAUAAUUUGGACAAAAUUUUGUCGGAAACUGAUAUUUACUGUAAAAUCUUACGCAUAUGAUCGUUAUUAUUAAAAUAUUGUUAAUUAUACCUAAAAUAAGCGACUUUUUUAGUCAACGAGCUUCCAUUUUGGACUGUGAACCUAAAUCAAGAUGAAAACGAUCGAUCAGUUGAUAUUUUACAAGAAUCGGCUCAAAAGGUAAGUUCUUAUUAUCUUCUAGAACUUUUAAAUCGUAUUUGACCAGGUAGGAUAUUUGAAUAGUAGUAAAAUACGUUAUUUAUCGAACUGUUUUCAGAACGCCAAUGUUCUCGCAAAUUCUCUUGGAAUCUUGGCCUUUAUUGCCAAGGAAAGCGAUUACAACUACUGGAAGAACCACCUGGACUUCGACAAGCUCAGUAAAUGGCUGGUGGAGCAACAGAAUAGUAAUGGACAGUACGACACGCCUGUGGUAAUUCUUUUGUUGUUGUAGCUUCAGUUUUGAUUAAAAUUAGGCUACUAACGUUGUUAAUGUUGAAGUUUUUAAAGUUAUUAUUAAUAUUAUCAUUUGGAAUUUAGAGUACUUACUUUGGGUUACGAGCAUUGUAUGUUUAUGGCAAACGACAAGUUGGACAUCGAUUUGUGAAGCAUUUGGUGGGUAAUAUAUCCGUUGAAGGAGAGAAAAAUGGUCGCACUUUUAAUGAAACUGAUCUACCGUUAGCUUUGAGUGUAAGUUAUGAUUUUUUUAGUUUUUUAAUAUAUCGUGUUACAUCAUGCAACUUUUUUAUUUAAAGUUAAGUUUUCUAUGGCUUAUUUUAUUUAUAGUCUUACUACUAUAAACUUAAUUUUAGCUUCCGACAAGUGCCAAGAACGUUCAAGUAGCAUCGUUUGGUGAUUCGCCACUAGUGCUGGGAGUGCGAGUACUGACAGAAAAGAGAAAACGGUCGAAACGAGAUCCUAGCGACAUUUAUCCGGUCGAAAUCAAGAUGCGACAAAAGAGAAAUCCGAAUAAUUCUUUUACUCAAACUGUCGCUAUUACGUAUGUUUUAACAUAUUUUAUGUGGUUAGGUACGGAACGUAUUUUACUCUUACUUUGCUUCAACAGAAGUAUUUUAGGCCACAUUCAGCGCUUCUAAAGACAAUUCAAAUUGAACAUGGUUUCUUCACAGGAUUCACUUCAAGACGAGAAUACCUGCAAACUGAAGUGAGUACAAUAUUGUGGUUAAUUGUUCACAUCUUUAUUAACAUACUUAACUUCUAUGUUUUUAGGUAAAUUUCUAGAUAUUUUAAUAAUUUUCAGUUAAAUUUUAGGGUAACCAACUAGCCAGUCCAGUUCAAUUCUCUUUGACUGCCGCUCACUUUGCUUUACAAAAUUUGGAAAAGGACGUUCCUACUGUAUAUAAUAUUACUGUAAGUGAGCCGGAAAACGGCUACAUACCAGAGAAUCUGGCUCCAAUUGCUAUCAUUGCUAAGAAGAAUGGAGUGGUUGGUAUCUUGGUUAUAGGAUCUGAAGAUGUCAGCUUUAACGAAGGAGUUUUGGCCAUGGAUUUCAGAAGGAAACGUCAUGUCUACAGUAUUGCGGAUAAUAAAGUUGAUUACAGUGCAAAACAAGAAGAUUUUAGAGGACAAGUUGUCUCAGAAUCGAGAAGCAAACGUGAAGUUAGAACUUUACUAGAAUCAAAGUCUGAAAGCUCAGUGGUCGAGACUGUUUGUCUCGAGAAUGGAGCUUGUACUUGUGCCGAAGUUACGUGCGAAACAGAGUGUACCAACUGUAGUAGUACUACUGUCGAGCAGCUUUGUCACGAGUACAAUGAUAGAGGAUUUGGUGGGUUUUUUAAUUGUGAAGUCAAAAAACAUCAAUUAGGCUAACCUAACCUUUUUUCAGCUGUGAUCUUCAGAAUAGUGAAUACACGGGUCGAACAACGAUUAGGGGCCAAUUACGAUGUCUAUGAUGUCAAGAUUCUUGAAUGGUAUGGCAAUGUUACAGGUAUGUUUUUCUUUUUUUACAUUUUUUAAAAUUUUUUAUGAUUUAUGUUUUUUUGUGGUAAAAUACGAUGUAAAGACCAAUUUUGGCUUAUAUUCAAAAAAAGUAAAUUUUAUUUAUGGAUAUAAGUUUACUUGUUCAUUUAUUUAUCAAUAUAUGUAAAUCAAUUUUGCAGAACCCGAAACUUUCUCGAUAUGGCUCAGAGAAUGUAACACACAAUGUCAUGUGAUGACGCGACAAAAUGCUGUAAAAUCUCGAUAUCUUUUGAUCGGAAACCCGGAAGGCAUCUUCUUCGGUAGUCAAUCUACAGAUUCUAGUCCAGAAUUGCUCAAGAAACAUUAUUUAAUGCGGGACGGCGACAGGCUAGCCCGCUCUAUGGACUGCUGGAGCACGUUCAGCCAGUUCCAGGACACGGAAUGUGUCCGUGCAUAA